GGAGAAACAGUGAAAACAAAAAACUGUAAUUAAUCCAGACCAUAUAUUAGUCAGACUACGACUGAGAUUAUAUAAAAUACCGGCGACAUUAUGAAGAAAUAAGAUGACAGUACACCAAUUAAUUCUCAGGUGACGGCGGAUAACGUGCCUAGAAAUAUUUACAAUUCUUCCUUCUUAGCGAAGCAGUCUUCUUCUUCUUUGUUACCUACGCAAGGCUACUGCUGCCGAAUCAUCUUGUCAAACAGUGAUUGGUGUUGUUAAUGCUGCAGAAUGUCGCUAAAAUUAACUCAUGAAUUAGUAGCACAGUACCAGGAGCAGGUGGAGACCGAUCCAAACUCAUGUUUGGCAAUGAAUGCUUGUUGGAAGGUCGAUCCACUUGAGAUGUGCAUCAGAAGAAGUAAGGUUAUUGAAACAAACCACAUUUUCACACAUAAGGUUGAAAAUGAAGGACGUCCAGUCACUAACCAGAAGUCAUCUGGUCGAUGCUGGAUCUUUGCUUGCCUGAAUGUGAUGCGGUUACCUUUCAUCAAACAGUACAAUUUAGAUGAAUUUGAAUUUUCUCAGUCCUACCUCUUCUUUUGGGAUAAGAUUGAAAGGUGUAACUACUUCCUCAACAAGAUGGUAGAGUGUGCAAAGAGAGGAGAGGAAGUUCAAGGGCGGCUGGUGUCGUUUUUACUUCAUGAUCCUACGUCAGAUGGUGGCCAGUGGGACAUGCUUGUUAAUUUAAUCACUAGAUAUGGUGUAAUGCCUAAGAAAUGUUUCCCUGAAUCAUAUAGUGCUGAAAAUUCCAUGAGGAUGAAUCGCAUUUUACAAAGCAAGCUUCGAGAAUACACACGUGAACUUCGGACUAUUAUUAACAAAGGUGGUGAUGAGUCAGCUAUAACUGAAACACUCACGAGGCAAAUGAGUGAGAUUUAUCGUGUUGUAGCUAUUUGCUUAGGCAUUCCACCGACAAACUUUAUGUGGGAGUACUAUGACAAAUCAAAGGCUUACCACAAAGUUGGUCCACUAACUCCAUUAGAAUUUUAUAAUGAACAUGUCAAGAGUGUUUACAAUGUUGAAGAUAAGGUGUGUUUGGUAACAGAUCCAAGACCAGAUAAUUCAUAUUCUAAGGCCUACACAGUUGAUUGCUUGGGAAACAUGGUUGGAGGUAGAAAGACCAUCUACAACAAUCAACCAGUAGAGCUGCUUAUGAAUUUGUGCAGUGAAAGCUUAAAGAAUGGAGAAGCAGUUUGGUUUGGAUGUGAAGUAGGCAAGAGAUUUGCAGGCAAACUAGGCAUCCAAGAUCUGGACAUUCACGAUUAUAAAUCUGCCUUUGGUAUAGAAGUAAACUUGGGUCUGAGUAAAGCUGAUCGUCUUAUAUAUGGCGAAUCCCUUAUGACACAUGCAAUGACUUUUACUGCAGUUACAGUUAAUGAAUCUGGAACCCCAGAGAAAUGGCGUGUUGAAAACAGCUGGGGAGAGGACAGAGGUGAAAAAGGUUAUCUCAUCAUGACUUCUGACUGGUUCAGGGAGUUUGUCUUUGAGGUAGUUGUCGACAAAAAGUAUGUACCAGAGGAAGUAUUAGCAGUAUUUACCCAAGAACCUGUAGUAUUACCAGCGUGGGAUCCUAUGGGUGCAUUAGCGCGUGAAAACAAAACCAGCAAACUUUAAUAUAAGUAAAAAAAUAUUAUGUAUAUACAGUAUAUUUAUAUACAUAGUGUGUAUAUAUGUUUAUUGACAUAUAUAUUUGCAUAUAUGUAACUAUAUGCACAUGUUUAUGUAUAUAUGUAUAUAUUCUGUAUAUAUGUGUGUAUAUUUAUGUACACACUUACAGUAUUUAUAUGUACACACCUGUUUAUAUAUAAAUACACAUGAAACUGCCCUUUCAUAUUCUUCAAAUAGGUAAUGAACAUGUUACUGGUUUAAGUUAAAUGGUAGUAGAUAAAAUAAAUGAAUUUUAAAUGCAAGCUGAAUUAAAUCAUGCCUCUUAUAUUUCAUACUGAAUUAACUUAAUCUAACCUGUUUGGAAGAGGAGGACUCAGAAAGAAAUACAAGAUUAUAUUCAUACUUCCACUUUUUUUUAGACUAUAAUAAUAAGAGUUUUUAACUUUUAAGUUUAAAAAUUUGUUAGAAUUUUUCUUACCUAGGCAGACCUUUCUUGAGUUGCUAGGAUUUUCAUCACAUUUUUACUUGUUUUGCAUUGUAGAGGGGAGAAUGAUAUAAAUUAUUGUAAAAACACCUGUUGAGCAACUGUCCUUUUUCAUGACUUACGAAAGGAAGUUUUGGAUAAGAUUAACAUUUUGUAUCUAUUUCUACUCUAUGUCAGUAGUAGGAUGAAAGUUAAUGAAAGGUUAAUAUACAAUUAAUUGAUAAUAGGUACAUGUUAAGGAGGAAAUAUAUUAAAAGAAAAUGUAUUUGAA